AUGUUUUUCACCCUCUAUACCUCCGAUGCUUCCCACUGGGCUUAUGGUGCACACCUUACCCUCGAUGAACAGGGGUAUGACCCAAGCGAGUAUGAAGUCAAGCAGAUUGGCCUAGUGGAUGGAGUGAUGGAGAGAAUUUCGCACCUCAAUACGUCAAAAUUCAGCCCAGAUGGCACUAUUCCAUCCUUGAUAUCAGCCGCUCUUCAAGAGCCUUUGGUCGAAAGCGCGGACGUCCUGAAAUAUCUGGAUUCCAACCUUUCAAAGGGUCCUUCUUUGUUGCCCGAGAACCCUAAACAGCAUUCCAAGAUUGAGGAGCCGAUUGCGCAUGUUCAUCAACCGCAACUUUCGAUAAAUCUCAUCCUGCUACAAGCGCGUGAUGUUCAGGAACUAAAUCCGAAGAAAGCAAGUUUUUGGAAUGAUUUCGUUGACAGCCGACAAGAUAAACUUACCAAAUACGGUGCUGCACACCUGGAAAUCCCGUUAUUGGACCUGAUUCCUGAACAUGAGCGGUUCUUUGAUGAUUCGCACCAAGGUUACAAGGUCUUCCCAGCCGGGCUUCGCGAACUCGAUUCAAUGCUUGUAAUGCCAUAUGCAGCUGGAGAAAGGGUGACCGCAGCAGAUAUGCACAUUGUACCUUGUUUUGCUCAUGCGCUUUGGGCCGCGGGUGGGGAAACAAUCUAUGAGUUCGGUCCUCUAGAGGAGCUAAUCAGAAAAUCUGUCCCUGAUUUCGAGUUCGGCGAGAGAACCAAGGUGUGA